AUCCUCUCUCCAGCCUCACCCGUUAUAAAUAGUGUGGAUUCCUCAGUCCUCGCACUCCCCACAUUCCCUUCUCUCAGUCUCCACCACUUCACCCUCCCCUCCAAGCAUACAACACUUCAAGAAAAAGCGCAAAUCCAUGGAGUUCUACGAUGACGAGAAGUGGAAGUUCUCCAAGAAGAGCCGGAACAACGGCAGCUGCAGGCGCGUCUCCAGCGGGGGCGGCGGCGGCGACCCGUUCCUCAAGAGGUCAGCCAGCACAAGGGACCAGGCGAUCGGCCGGCGGGGGAGCGCCGCCGCCGCGGCCGCCUCGGCGAGCGGGUGCGCGGCGCCUUCGUUCUCGAGCCGGUGCGCCGGGCUGGUGAAGGAGCAGCGGGCGCGCUUCUACAUCAUGCGCCGCUGCGUCACCAUGCUCGUCUGCUGGAAGGACUGCUCGUAGCCAUGGCCUCCCGCCGCCGCCGCGCUCAAGAUCUCCCGCCCCCGCCCGCCGUUUCGAGGAUGUCGAGUAGGCGGCUAGUUGGGUGAUGUAUGUACAGAUCAGCCUCUUGCUUACUAGGAGUCUUGUUUUUCGUUUCCUUCCUUUUUUUCUCGCCCCAUCUCUGGGACGGUUCGUGGAGAAACUGCCAGUGCUUGAUUAGUUAGUGAUUAGUAGCAGAGUAGUUAGCGCUCCAAGCUUAGAGGAGGUGGUGCUGCAUGUGGGCAAGUUUUGGGAUCACCUUCUGAAGGAGACGGGGGAUCUUGUUAUUGUUGCAGCUGCUGCUGCAGAGUGCAGAGCAGAGGCUAGCUAGGAGAAAUCUGAGACAGGGCUGCCCGGGCUAGCUAGGCCUAGCUGAAAUCUAGUGGAUCUUCGUCUACUCCUACUCCUAUUGUACUGCCAGUGCAAGGCUGGAAAGUUGUGACUCCUGUAUGAAUGUAUAGGUAAAGAAAUGAGACGCCACAACAUCAACAUAAACUACUA